AUGCAGAUAGCGUAUAGACUGACCUAUAUCUGCCUCUCCAGCCGGGAGGAGAAGCUGUGGGACAUAGCAGACAGCAUCUGUCACUCACUCUGUGUUGCAUUUCACUCAUCACGUUGCACAAACCCUUCCCUGAACCCUCCCAGCUCACCAACUCUCCACUCUCUCUUGCAGCAGCUGCACGGCAAGAACAUCCAGUUCAACGAUGGCUACGUGGUGAAGGAGGCGAUCGGUGUCGGCUCCUACUCAGUGUGUAAACGCUGCGUGCAUAAAGCCACCAACAUGGAAUACGCAGUCAAGGUUAUUGACAAGAGCAAGCGCGACCCUUCCGAGGAGAUAGAAAUCCUCCUGCGAUACGGGCAGCACCCCAACAUCAUCACCUUGAAAGAUGUGUACGAUGAUGGGAAGUACGUGUAUCUGGUGACUGAGCUGAUGAGGGGAGGGGAGCUGCUGGAUAAAAUCCUCAGGCAGAAGUUUUUCUCGGAGAGGGAAGCCAGCUCGGUCCUGCACACGAUCUGUAAAACGGUGGAGUAUCUGCAUUCCCAAGGGGUGGUUCACAGGGACUUAAAACCCAGCAACAUCCUCUACGUGGAUGAGUCGGGAAACCCCGAGAGCAUUCGCAUUUGUGACUUCGGCUUUGCCAAGCAGCUGAGGGCUGAGAACGGCCUCCUGAUGACUCCGUGUUACACGGCCAACUUUGUGGCACCCGAGGUCCUGAAACGCCAAGGCUACGACGAGGGCUGCGACAUCUGGAGCCUGGGAGUUCUCCUGUACACGAUGCUCGCAGGCUGUACACCGUUUGCGAAUGGUCCCAGUGACACUCCGGAGGAGAUCCUGACCCGGAUAGGUGGGGGGAAGUUCUCCGUCAGCGGAGGCAAUUGGGACACUAUUUCUGACAUGGCCAAGGAUCUGGUAUCAAAGAUGCUUCACGUAGAUCCUCAUCAGCGUCUAACAGCUAAGCAGGUCCUGCAGCAUCCGUGGAUAACGCAGAAGGACAGCUUACCCCAGAGCCAGCUGAAUCACCAGGACGUUCAGCUUGUAAAGGGGGCGAUGGCCGCCACGUACUCCGCACUGAACAGCUCCAAGCCAAGCCCCCAGCUGAAACCCAUCGAAUCCUCCAUUCUGGCACAGAGACGGGUGAAAAAACUUCCUUCCACCACCCUGUGA